AUGGUUAGCCGCUCUAAGCGCCUGCAAAUGAUGUUCGCGGGAGACGAGGAGCUCCUACAUCUGGACACUCGACUGACUCUUCAACCUGUUCAAGAGACUCCGGAGACCACCGUUCCUGCCACCGUGCCUUCCACGAUGCCUCCCGUCGUUCCUGCCAUCGAACCACAACCCGUUACACAGACAAAACCCAAUUCGUCCCCUCGCAUGAAUACCAAAAUUCCCGAGUGGGAACUCCGCAAUGCCUUUUGUCCCGCCAGAGCGCUACCUAAGUUUCCCUUCAAGUACGUUCUCCCCAAGGGAGGGGCUUUGUCCAAGCAAAUCGCAAGGGAGUACUUUGACGGUGGUGCGAUCUGGAACCGACUAUGGGAGGUGUACUACCUGCCAAUUCCGUGGAGUAUCACCGAGCAACCCCUUCUGCUCAUUUCGGCGCUACAGGUGAAGGACUUUUUUGACAAAAUUAACUACGAGCUAAAUUGCGACAUCUCCUUGAAAAGAAACCAAGAAGGUCUGGUGGUGUUCUUCGACGCCAAUGAUGGAACCCCUCAGCCGGUCUUUCACGGCCGAAUCGAGAACCGUGGGGGUCUAGACAUUGCCGAGAAGAGCAUUCCCGAGCCUGAGAGUGGUGAUGAAAACUGGACCAAAAAAUGUGAGCCGGCAGCCGUGAGGGCAUUUGCAAAGAAAGUCCAUGAAGCCAUCUUAGCCUACAAGAAAAAGAAAAUCAAGCCAAAGUCACGGGUCCCCAACCCACUCAAAGAUGAACUUGAGUGGCGAAUGAUUCAACAACCCCCAGGUCGCGGCUUGUAUCAUCUCAUGUCCUUCCUUGGGCUCCGACCGCCUCUCUACGAUGACAACUGGCUCAACGGGGGCGAGGUUUAUGAUCCAGUCAAUUUGCUUGAGCCUGUUCGCUGGGAACCUCAAGAUAGCCCUAUCUUCUACAGCGUUGACGUGGAAUGGAAUGAGCGGAACUUUACCCAAUUGACCGAGAUCGGAAUUUCCAUGCUGGAUACUCUUGACAUUCGUGGCAUUCCUCCAGGAGUUAACGGCGAGAACUGGGUUAAGCACAUCAAGUCAGCCCAUCUACGCACCGCCGAGUACAAAAACUUCCGCAACAGCCAGUUCGUGAUGGGAUACCCGGAUAUGUUCCUCUUCGGCAAGAGCGAAAUCGUCCCGAACGAGCAAAUGGGUCGACGAACUGACUUGUUCUUCGCCACACCGUACGAUGGAACCGAGGAUAAGAACCGACCAGAUCUCCCAGAGCACAGAUUGGUAACCCGCAACAUUGUCCUCGUCGGUCACAAUCCCGAUGCAGAUAUCAAAAUGCUUGCAGAGAGAUGCACCAUUUUCAAUUCUAUGGACUUGCGGCCCCAGAAGCUCAUCCGCAGUUUGCUGGACACCCAAGAGCUCUUUCAGAGGCUACGAACGCAGAAAAAUCCGAGCAAGCUGGAGACUAUCUUGAUUCAGCUGGGACUUGAACCUGAGUUCUUACACAAUGCGGGUAACGAUGCCCGUUACACGUUGGAAGCUCUGAUUCGGAUGGCGAUGGAAUUGGCUGCAAAGAAAAUGGAACCAAAGCAAGUCUCUGAUGAGGAAGAAGACCCCGAAUGGAAGAUAGUUGAGGAAGAGAAGACCGAGCAGCAGGUGGUUGUGCAGGAGGCGGAAGUUUCUUCGUCGGAAUGGUAA